ACCAUAGACGUUCUCGAUUGAUCAGGAAAUUCACUGCGCUGUAGCGAUCACUCUGCGACGCGCAAUAUUUCCUAGCUGUAUGAAAUAAGAAGAGUGACGUCACUUCACACAUGUACACAAGUGUGAGAGCGAGCGAUAAUUCCUGCAGCUAUCGGCGCGUUCCCAAAGCAACGGCUGCUAUACUUUGACCCAAAAGAACAAGAAAACUGCAUGCGGCACUAAAGACGCAAAUGUAUUUUUCGAGCACUAUGGACUACAGCGGCACUGUACACCUCCUCCUCAUCUUGGCCCGCUUCUCUUUUACGACAAGCAACAACGUAGAUGCUCUCUGCAAAGAAUGCAGGUGCACCGGAGUCCCUGUCACCGAUGUCGACUGUGAACGGAAGGGACUGACCAGAGUCCCAGGGGGCAGCACGUGGCCCCGGAAUGCGCGUACAAUGAAUCUCGCAUCCAACUUUAUCGUCAGCCUUUCCGUCCUGGAAAAAUCCAACAUAACCAAGCUGGAUGUGCACCAUAAUAAGCUGAAAGAUAUUGAGCCCGACGUCUUCGAGCAUUUCCCUCACUUGGAAUUCUUAGACCUUAGCAACAACGCCCUGGGUACCUUACACAUGAACACUUUCCGCUCUCUGUCCAACCUCAAGGUCCUCAACAUCAGCCACAACGAAAUCCGGACCCUUCCUUCGGAAAUAUUUUACCCCCUCGUUUCCCUAGAAAAACUUCGAUUGGGCCACAACCCGUUGAGAUAUAUGGACAAGGCGUGGUUUACAAAAGUGCCCAAACUCCACUUCUUGGAUAUGUCGUCUAUUGAUGCGCAUGCGCUGCCGGAAGGAAUCUUUCACUUAACAGAUUUGACGCAGUUAGUGAUGACCGGCAACGAGUUUGACGAAAUCCCGUCUGCUCUCCGUAGCGCAAAACGCUUGAAGUCAUUGGACGUGUCGGACAACCCGGUGUCCAUGUUGACUAUUGCCUCUUUCUUUAAACUGAAAGAACUGGAAGAAAUCUACAUAACGAACAUGCCGCAGUUGGAGAGUGUAGAAGCUGAUACAUUCGUGACGCAGGAGAAGCUUCGUGCCCUGCAUCUUCAUAACAACCCCAAUCUAGAGGAAGUUGACGUGGAAGCCUUCGGGAUAUUCUGGAGGAUUACGGAAGACACCAACUGGACCUUAAGGCAGCUUCAUCUCCAAGAUAACAACAUGAAGUUCUUGAGCGAAAACACGGCGCCCUGGGACGAGAUUGAGGUGCUCGAUCUUCAGGGUAACCCUUGGGCGUGUGAAUGUACUAAUGCGUGGAUGAGGAAGCUAAACCUGCAUCAGGAGCUUACUGUCAGGCUAAGGUGUGCAAGUCCCGCAAAGUACGAAGAGACGUCCCUGCUGGACGCUCCCGAAGAACUCUUCGAAUGCCACCACGUUGAAGACCUUGAGUAUCACAGAGAGAACAUUCACGCCGCUGUGCUCGCUCUACUCAUCGUAACCGUGCUGGGUAUGGCGCUCGUAUUUGUCUGUGUAAUGAGGAGAAGACACGGAGUAUUUUGUGGAAGACAGAAACACAACGGAAGUGUCUAUUACGUCAAAGCGCACACAAACCCCCUGGACGCGGCUGCGGAUAAUUUUUAAAGUCCGCUUCGCGUCCACUUGUGUUUUCAGGACCAUCUAGACACUGUCAUGCUUCUUCAUAGAGACACUCAAGAAGGAUAGUGUUGCGGAAUGAGGGAAGGCUAAAGACUUCCGACAACCUCAAGAAGGUGGUGGCAUUACAAUUGGUGGUUGAGUGGGUCACCUUAUGGCCGCACUAGAGACCUUAUAGAGCGUUAAUUCUCACAAAUGUCAACUUUUAAAUGCCGAUACAAGUUCCUGUUGGUGCGCUGACGCAGUUGACAGAAAAAUGAUCGAGAAAAUGGCCCCGGAAAAACGGCGGGCGCUUUCCCUUCGCUAGUAUACCUGUAUAUAGUCCCCUUUAAGGGCACAUUUCUGGGGAACCGACGUAAAUGGCCUCCAAACCUGCUGUUUUUUCCCCGAGGCCAUUUCCUCGACCACUUUUCUGAAAACUAUCAGCGUACCAAUGGGAGCAAGUGUUGUCCUUGUACCUUUAGUAAUUAAAAAGCUCAAGGCGA